AUGGCAACAAGAACAUCACGUGUACAUUCAUCUUCAUCAUCGUUGUCGCGGUCGCGUUCACCCAUACCGAAAAGUGGCAAGCGAAAUCUUUCAAUUUCACCAAGGCGAGGACCAUCAACACCAAUUAAAUCACCAAUACAAAGAAAUCAUAGCGAUGAUGAACAAGAUCCUGAUGAUCGUGAACUUUUACCAUUAGAUGAUCAAUCUAAAGCAAUAGUUGAUGACAUAUCAUCACCAAUUAUGUCAGAUAUCGAUGAAAGUCACCAGAAAAAACAUUCACACCACCGACAUCAUCACCAUCGUAAACAUUCAAAAUCAAACAAACGUUUAGCUACUCAUCAUCACACUUCUGUUAAACGAAGCAAAAAAGAAACAGUAUCAACGACACGCCGCAAUAAAUCGAAUGAUGAAAAUGUCGAUGUUUCACCAGAAAUAAAUACAGGUGAAAGCCAACAAUCACAAUCAGAACAAGAUAUGUCAACGUCAGAAAAUGAAUCAAAUGAGGAAGGAAUGGUUGAAGGUGAUAGUACACCGAACGAACGUCCUAGUCACCAUCGUCGUAAAAAACAUCGCUCACCAUCGAAUCAAGAAAAAAAUAGUCAAAGUCCUCAGUCACCAUCGUUUUCUAUACCAAAAAAUAAUAAGGGUACUCAGCUAAUAGUCAAUUAUUUGCCUGCGUCAUUACGUGAAUCUGAUUUUUAUCAAUUAUUUGCUCGCAUUGCACCAAUUAAAUUAUGUAAAUUAAUAACUGAUCGUUAUACAGGUCAAUCUUAUUGCUAUGGGUUUAUUGAAUAUCAUUCGAAAGACGAUACGAUAAAAGCCAUCGAAAAAUUUAAUGGAUAUAGAAUUGAACAUAAAAAAUUAAAGGUAUCUUAUGCCCAGCCAAAAUCAAACAAUAAUUAUGAAUCAGAUAAUGAUAAGCCGAUAAAGCCUUCGUCAACACAAAAAAAUUCGAAUAUUUAUAUAACUGAUUUACCUGAUGAUAUCGAUGAAAACAUGUUAGAACGUCUUUUUUCUAAAUAUGGUGACAUUGUUCAAACAAAAGUUUUACGCGAUCCACGUACUAGAAUAUCACGUGGUGUUGCAUUUGUUCUUAUGAAAUCAGCUCGUUAUGCUGAAAGAGCUGUUAAAGCGCUUGACGGUUAUGUACCAUCAGGUGCACAUACACCUAUAUCUGUUAAGUAUGCUGAUCUCAACAAAACGGCAGCUAUAACAACAAUAUCAUCAGGAAAAAAUGGUAGCAAUAGUUCAUCAUCUCGUUUAUCAAGUUCAUCGCCGAUGACACCCCCAAUUGGACCAUAUGGUUAUCCAACUGCAUUACCACCAUUGAGUAUGAUGGAUCCAUAUUACGCAGCAGCACUGCAUCAUCAUCAUCGAGCAACAAUGAACAUGAGAGAUUUAAGUCCAUCACCGCCUCCUCUACAAUCUUAUUUCAGAAGUGAUUCUAGUCGUUCUUCUCGAAUGCGUGGUUCAUCGCCAAGUUUACCUCGCUCGUAUCCAUCAUCAUCGUCGAAACAUAAUUCAAAUAUUCUAGCAACAACGGGCAACCUUAAUUCACCAUCAGCACUUGCUGCUGCCUAUGAUCUAAUAGCUAAAGGUUGCCAACAAGCAAUCGAUCCAAAUGGUUUUGUAAUAUAUGCAUUUGGUUUACCACAUGAUUGUGAUGAAAAUGAUUUAGAAGAAUUAUUCCGACGCUAUGGUGAUGUUUAUCGUGUAUAUAUUGUAAGAAAUUAUACAACAGGUGAAUCAAAAGGUUAUUCAUUUGUAACAAUGCGUAAUUAUGAUGAAGCCUGUCACGCUGUUGAUCGUCUCGACGGUACAACAUUUAAAGGCCGAACAAUUCAAGUGCGCUUCAAGCAAUAA